AUGGUUACAUUUGAUCGCCGAAUACUUUUACAAUUUUCACGGCAAAUUUCCUAUAAACAAGGACAAAUAAUUGGUAAACAUCGAGAAUAUUUUUAUUUCAUCGAUAAUAAUGGACAACUUUUUCUCGAUGAUAUGAAAAUUAAAAAUUUUACUUCGUCUUAUAAAGGUUUGUGUUUUUUUUCUUAUAGCCCUUUAUCAGAUAAGAAAACUAUAAUUAUCACAAUUUUCAUUCAUCAUUUCUUAAAAUCUUUUCUUGUACAAUAUAUCAAAGUAACUUUUUUUCACACAAUUUUAGAUACACAAUUUUUGGAUUUUUUUUUUACUCGAUUGAAAUUAAAUGAAACGGAUCGUUAUCAAAAAGAAUUUCCUUAUGUCAGUUUGUGUGGACGAGAAAUGAAUUUUUUGCGUUGUGGUGAUCGACCAGUCGUUUUUACAUCGCUUAAUGCCGACGAUGAUUCGUGGAAUAUUUGCAAUUGUACAUUGAAAGUACCAUUCAAGCCAGAAUAUCUUUGCAUGUUUGCAAAUGGUCGACUUUAUCAUCCAGCUGCUCUCGAUAAAUAUGGGUUAGUCAAGUCAAAAUUGUCCAGUGAUAUAUUUCAUCAUUUUAUAUUUGAUGAUGAUGAGCAGCAGCCAACCCAUUUUAAAUGGAAAGGCACGAUUAUAAAAUUAAAAAAUAAGUUUUGA